CAGAUUUGUUUACAAAAUCAAAAAAUGAAACAAUGAUUUUACUCAUUGUUAUGUCUUUACUCGAAUGCGACAUUCUUGACGACAAUAACUUUACUCUUACCUAUCAACGAUCAAUAUGAAGUAUUAAUUAGUUGAUGCAGUAUCAACUACCAUCAAUGAUUAUUGAUUGGUUAAUUAAUUGAUUGAUUGAUCGAUCGAUUAACCUAAUGGAUUGCCUGCAUAAAUCAACAAUUUCCAUUGCUUUAUGGAAUAUUAUUUAUUCCAUCUUACAAACUGCCAUAUUUGCAUGGCAAACGAAAUAUGUUAAAAAUCAACAAUGGGAAUUCGAAAAUCGCCACAUUCCUAUCGAUGGAACCAAUAAUGGCUUCCAAGCUCGCUUUCCUGGAUUGUACGGUAUUUUAACAGAAACUCCAGAGAGACGUCGUAUAAAUGCAUUAUUUGCGCUUGCAAUUACAUUGUUAAUUGUUGCUUUGCUGCAUUUAAUUCCCUCAGUUAUGCUAUUCUAUGGAGCUGUUACGAAGCGAAUCAAUUUUAUAUGGCCAUGGUUCUUCACCGCAUUACCACAAAUUAUCCUGUCAACAGCUUAUGCAAUAAUCUGGUGGUCAGGUGAUAUAUUCGACACACAGUUGAUCAUGUCUGUCACCGAAUUUGUCCUUUCCUUAGCAAUCAAUAGUAUAUGUUUUGCAAUUGUUUUGCUGUUCUUCUUUCGCAUUAAAGGAAGAUUGAAAUCAAAUAAGCCGUUGAAAAAUGUGAAUCAUUCCAAGAGUUCAUUCACAAAUAUACCCGGUAACAAAAUACCGCCAUGGAAAAAUGACUGGAACACCGAACUAUCCAGGGAAUUUGCCUCACAAAAAAAGCACAUUUUAAAUAUAAUGACUUUAAUCAUUAUUAUUUUCAUGUCACAUAUUUCGUAUAACAGUAACAGUCUGAUGAAAAUAUUUUGUUUCCGAGAAAGCAACAAGUUUAAUUUUAAUUUUAAUUGAAAUAAUGCAAAAAUUAGUAUUGUUUUAUGAAGAAGGCGAUAUUUAAGGAUUGUAAGACAAGUGGACAGAAGUUGUCAUUUAUUACGUAAUUCGUGCAUUCUUACUUCAUCGCUACCAAAAGAAAGUAACGGACAUCUGCGCCUAACAGCUGAUCGUUUGGCUGAACAUAAUCGAAUAUUGUCAGGUGAAGAUAACCGCUGGAGAUCUAAUUACGAAGGUCGACAAACUAAUUGAAAAAUAUAAUCUUUUGAUUGUAUAAUCAUUUGC